CGACAGCAGACCCGCUCCUCCGCUUGCAGACAGCCAGCGAAAGGUUGGGGACUCAAGCACUAGCGAUCGGGCGCGGUACAGCCCUGCGUUGGCGUUGAUUGUCUAUGCGUUUGGCGCUUACCGAGAAACAGUCUUGUCGUGUUCGGACUUCGAUCAACCAACAGUUUGGAUCGGCUUUGGCUCGGUUUGAAUGCACCAUGUUAAAGGAAGGCAGGUAUGUCACAUCGCUCACUCGCAAUGAGUGCCUUCUUUUUGCUACUACAUGAGUGGGAUGUGGGCCUGCCAAUCUUCAUCGACCUCCACGCAGUCGAUCUUUUUACCAAGAUUCGAGCUCUGUAACGCUGCUCUUCUUACUCAAGUACUCAUGUACUCAAUGGCGGCUAUCAGGGUGGCGAGGAUGCGAUGGAGUCAUGGGAGCGGCCCCCCCAGCCAUCGAUAUCGGAUGAUUAGAUCAGAGAGCAUCCUGCUGUGCUACUGGUCUGAGUCUCUACUCCUGAAACAAACACCGGAUUGGAGAUUAAUCAAUAUCGACAUUGAUCCAUCUGCAUGGUGCCCUAGCUUCUCCAUAACCAGACCGACGCCUAGCUCAUGUACACGGCUCAAUUCAGAAACCAGCAAAAUAGCGGUCGCCGCCCGAGACACAGGGCGAUACAUGAGCGGUCUCAGGUCGGAGAAAGUUCACCCUGGCAGGAUCGACCAACGACCAACUUCCAGUUUAUGAAGAUCGCGGUUUAGCCGAUCGUUUUUGUCGCCUCCCCGUCACUCUCACGAGUCACAACACCGCGAUAAAAUGUCCGAGCGUCCAGGG